AUGACAGAGUUUUGGUUGAUCUCUGCUCCUGGAGAGAAGACUUGCCAACAAACAUGGGACAAAAUGAUGACGGCCACCACACGCAACAACAACCUUUCGAGCAACCACAAGUUCAGCAUCCCCGACCUAAAGGUGGGGACACUUGAUGUUUUAGUCGGGCUGUCAGAUGAAUUGGCCAAAUUGGAUUCCUUUGUUGAAAGCGUAGUGAAGAAGGUGGCCCAGUAUAUGGCUGAUGUGUUGGAAGACAGUCGAGACAAAGUCCAGGAGAACUUGUUGGCUAAUGGAGUUGAUCUCAUUACCUACAUCACACGGUUUCAAUGGGACAUGGCUAAGUAUCCUAUCAAGCAAUCACUUAAAAACAUCUCUGAAAUCAUCUCAAAGCAAGUCACCCAGAUUGACAACGAUUUAAAGGCCCGAGCAUCAUCUUAUAACAACUUGAAAGGAAACCUACAGAACCUUGAAAGAAAAAAUGCAGGGAGCCUUCUGACUAGGAGCCUGGCUGACAUUGUCAAGAAGGAAGACUUUGUUCUUGACUCUGAGUAUCUAAUCACCUUGCUGGCAGUUGUUCCAAAAACAUCUUAUGCUGACUGGCAGAAAACAUAUGAAACACUUGCCGAGAUGGUAGUUCCUCGUUCCUCAAAUCUUUUGUUUGAGGACAAUGACAGUGGGUUGUUCAGUGUAACUCUGUUCCGGAAAGCCAUCGACGACUUCAAACACAAAGCCAGAGAGAACAAAUUCUCAGUGAGAGACUUUCAGUACAACGAAGAAGAGAUGAAGGCAGAUAAAGAGGAGAUGACGCGUCUAUCUACAGAUAAAAAGAAGCAAUUUGGACCACUUGUCCGAUGGCUGAAAGUCAACUUCAGUGAAGCCUUCAUCGCUUGGAUCCACAUCAAAGCACUUAGGGUUUUUGUGGAAUCUGUUCUAAGAUAUGGGCUUCCAGUAAACUUCCAGGCCAUGUUACUUCAGCCUAACAAGAAGACUACAAAGAAGCUAAGGGAGGUGCUCAAUGAUCUAUACAAACAUCUGGACAGCAGUGCAGCAGCAAUCAUUGAUUCGGCAAUGGAUAUUCCAGGUUUGAAUUUGAGUCAGCAAGAAUACUAUCCUUACGUCUACUACAAGAUUGACUGCAACCUUCUGGAGUUCAAAGUCUAA